AUGUCUAAUUCUGCCUUCGAAGCAAAACCGUUUCGGCUUUCUCUUGUCCAGCUUGGAGGAACCGGUGAUGAUAAAGCGGCGAACUUGGAGCAUGCGAAGGAAAUGGUCUUGAAGGCCGCCCAGCCUGUUGAUGGGAAGAAAACCAAUUUGAUUGUGUUACCUGAGUGCUUCAAUUCCCCUUAUGGGCAUAUGCAUUUCCCGAACUAUGCCGAAACAAUUGGGUACAAGCCAGGCGAAGCGUAUGACGUAUCUGCUAGCAAAAGCGAGAGCGUCAAGGCCCUGUCCACAAUGGCGAAAGAGACAGGUAUUUGGCUAUUGGGAGGUUCUAUUCCGGAGAGGGAUGAAGUCGAUGGGGAAUUGGUGGCAAUUCACCGCAAGGUUCAUCUCUUUGAUAUUGAUAUUCCUGGAGGCAUUACCUUCAAGGAAAGCGAAACACUCACGGGUGGAACUAAGCUCACAUCGUUCGAAACAGAGUUUGGAAAAAUUGGGCUAGGAAUCUGCUAUGAUGUGAGGUUCCCAGAAAUGGCCAUGAUUGCGGCUCGAAAAGGUUGCGUCGCUAUGCUUUACCCCGGCGCAUUCAACUUAACCACUGGUCCGUUGCAUUGGGAGCUCCUCCAGCGUGCAAGGGCUGUGGAUAACCAAAUAUACGUGGCUAUGUGCAGCCCAGCCCGAGACAUGUCUGCUGGGUACCAUGCUUGGGGACAUUCAAUGGUAGUAGAUCCUAUGGGUAAAGUAAUUGCAACUACCGAGCACGAGGAGGCGAUUAUACAUGCAGACAUCGAUCCCGAGGUGAUUCGAAAGACACGCAGUGGGAUUCCAGUUACUAUUCAGCGCCGCUUUGAUGUGUACCCCGACGUGUCUAUCUAG